CUGUCGCGAUACCAAAUCCCCCUUCCACCCGAGAUCAUAGUUGAGAUUCUUUCAAGGCUACCAGUGAAGUCCUUAUGCCGCUUCCGGUGUGUAUCAAAGCCGUGGCGUUCUCUAAUCUCCAACACCAAAUUCAUUGCACAACACGACAAGAAAGCUCUCGAGGAUAGAGAGGUAUUCACAGGGGAGACGAAGAGUCCUUUUUAACAAAAUGGAAGUACUUGGUCUUUACUCUAUGGACCUAGAUAUGUUUCUCAAACAUGCAGAUAAUCAUGAUCAUUUAGUAACAGCCACCGAGCUCAAUUUUGUUUGCAAUGAGUUUCAUGCAGAUAAAGGACAUAGUAGACAACCUUGGAAAGGAUCCGUCUACUCCUGUAAUAACUUGUUGUUGGGGGAGACCAAGUAUGGGUAUUAUAUGAUCAAUCCUGCAACCAGAGAGAUGAAGAAUGUACCGAAGACACCGACAUGGAGACCUACGGCUGUCAGGCCCAUUCUCAUGAGCUUAUGUGGAUUUGGAUUUGAUUACUCCACCAAUGAGUAUAAGGUGGUUAACGGGCAGAUCUACAAUGACUACAUUGUAUUUAGUAUCUAUAGAUUGAAAACUGAUGUUUGGCGACGAAUAGAGUGCCACGCUUACAAGUAUGGUAAUGGUUUUCAAGGGAUCUUUCUGAAUGGAGCUAUUCAUUGGGUUGCAGAGAAAGUUAGUGUCGAACCCCCUCAGGUGAUUUUAACUUUUCUAUUAGCGGAGGAGGAGGUUGGCGAAAUUCAACUCCCACCCAUCACUACUUGUUCACCAAUAACACUGGGAGUGUUUAGAGAUUGUUUAUGUAUAACCUUUGGCAAUUAUAUUGAUCAAUUAUCUGAGGAGUUUUGGGUCAUGAAAGAGUAUAGGGUCAGUGAGUCUUGGACUAAAAUGAGGUUCUCCAUGCCAUAUAGGGUAUUACAGGGAUUUGGUUUCUCUACGAAAUCUCAUGAGGUGAUGUUGUGUGACAAUUCAUUUGUUAUGUACGACUCCCAAAAAGAAAGUUAUAAGAAGCUUCAAAUCCGUGAUACCCCUGCAGUGGCUUAUUGCCUUGGGGUUUAUGUUGAGGGGCUUUUUCCACUUAUUGAUCAUGCAAGAGACGACGAAUCAGAUGUGACACCCGACGAAGCAUAUAUGAAACAGAUCAUGUUCUAAUUAUUUGGGCGGCC